AUGACUACCAAUCAUCCUGAGAAGCUGGACCCAGCGCUGAUUCGACCCGGGCGAGUUAAUCUUACUGUGUAUUUGGGGUUUUUUCAACCCGCCGAAGCAAUCGAGAUGUUGGCACACUUUUUUCAGUGUGCAUUAUCACCUUAUAUGCAAGACUCGGUGACGCGAUCAUUGAAGACGGCCAUUCGUACAUUUACUCCUGCUGAGAUGGAGCAGUUGAGCUACGAAUACGACACUAUGGAUGAGGUACUCGAAGCGCUUGCAACAGCUGCUUCGAAACCGAAAGAAAUUAUUUCGGCUCACCACCAUAUUCCAGCGAAGUUUAAACAAACAUCAACAUUAGAGAGCUCAUUGGAAGACGUGGAUUCGAUCAGUUCUGUAUCAUUGGACUUGUAA